CGCGGGGCACAUGGCCGCCGCGCCCCGAAGGGAGGCCGGAUCUCGGCUGGGGCCACGGCGAGGCCCUCGCGGGGCCCCCGCCGCCGCCCCCGCGCGACCACGAGCAGGAGCUGGCGGAGGAUUCGCUGCAGUGGCUGCGGCAGUGGCGCGCUGGCGCCCCGGCGCCGGACCUGGCGCAGGAGGCCUGCGGCGCGCAUGGCCUGCAGGGGCCCGACUUCGCCGGCAUCGCGGCGGGCCUGGCGCGGACGCACGCGGGCCACCAGGCUGGCGCCCCCGAGCGCUGCAACGGCGGCAUGCAGCCCGCCGCUGGCAGCCAGGCCCUCGCGUGCGCUCAAGAGACGGGCCUCCCGCGCCUCCUGGAGAUCGCGCGGCACACCCCCGACAGGGACUGCGCGGUGUACGUCGGCGGCUUGGGAUCCCACGCCAGCCCACACCACAUUCAGAGCGCAUUCGAGGGCCUGCUCGAGCGGCUGCCGCAGUUCCAGGAGCUGUACCCGCGGUUGCCCAGGGCCGUGCUCGCGGUCCACUGCCAAGCGGACAUGCUGGGCCGCGGCCAGGCGCUCGUGCUCUUCGCGGACGGCGCCCUGGCGAGCACCUGCGCGGCCAUGAGUGGCCUGCGGAUCUGCGGCCGCAGCGCGCAGGUCUGGCCCCUGGCCUGCGCGCGCCCGCCGCGCACGGACCUCUUCCAGCCGCCACUGGACGUCCAGAGCCUGCGCGACGAGGGGUUGCUGCCCUGGCGCGGGGGGCCGGGCGUCCAGCUGCUCUGCGACGUCGAAGUCCGCAGCGCGGACGGCGCGGCCGCGCUCGAGGGUUCCGCGGCCCUCAUCGAAGGGCUGUCCCAGGCGCUGCGGCGUCUGCCAGCCGUGCGGCGGCAUUUCCCGAGGCGGCUGGACCUCGUCAGGGGAGUCAAGCUGGGCGGGGGCGGGACGGGUGCCCUCGUGGAGCUGGAGAGCGAGGUGCUGGCCAGCACCGCCGUGGCGAUGGGACGGGUGCGGUUGCCCAGCGGAGGCCUGCUGGCCGUCAGCUGGCCGCCGGCCUGCCACGACGCGGCGUCGCGGGCGCCGCCAAGCCUCGACGUCCGGGAGCGGGGGGUCCGCGACUUCCCGCCGCCGGACGUCGUCGUGAUCGGCGACGACGAGCCGUCAGGUGCGCCGAGCGGGCCAGCGCGUGCCGCGCGCGGCGCCUCGGCCGGGAGGCGGCGGCGCGCGGGGCGGUCCGAAUUGCACCCUGUGCUGCCGCCGCAGCACCUGGUGCAGCAGGAAGCAGGGCGUCCGCCACCACAGCUGCAGGUCCAGCCGCAGACCCCGCAGCAUCUGCCUCAGGAUCGCGCAGGGCUGCACGAGGUGCUGCAGACGGGGCGCCUGGCAUCACGGCAGCAACCGCAGACCCCCCCUCACUUGCUCCAGGAUGGCGCCAGGCCGCACGCGGUGCCGCAGGCUGGGCAUCCGCUACAGCAGCAGCAGCAGCAGUCGCAGCCGCAGACGCCGCAGCACCUGCUGGCGGCCCACAGGAUGCCUCAAGUGCAGCUGCAGCGGCGGGCGGCGGACUUGUCGAGAGACGCACGAGCGGUGGAGCUCGAGGCGGAGCAGGGCUCCAGUCAGAAGCGGCGCCAGCCGUCGCAGGACGGGCGGCAGCAGCCGCCGCCGCGGCACGGGGGGGCCCCGCAGCCGCCCGAGGGCGCCCCCCUGGGCUUGCAGCACCGGUCGGGGCGGCCGCUGCGCGCGCGGGACGGCAAGGUGGACAUCGUGCAGCUCAGGGAGGAGGUCUCGGAGCAGAUCGGGGCACUCGGCAACUGGAGGGAUGACGAGCGAACGCGGCAGAAGCUGAGGCGGGUCGUCGACAAGAUCGCCCAGAAGGUGGAAGCCAGCUCGCCCGCCAGCGCCGCCGCCGGUGUACAGGCCGCCAGGAGCUUCGUCGGCUCCGUCCUCGGAGACAGGGGGCAGCAGCUUUGCGACUGGCUGCUGGGGCGCCUCGGGCCGGACCCGCUGGCGCCAGCUGCCUCGGGCGCCAGACCGCGAGAGCAGGCCGCGCGCGAGGUGGCGCGGGCGAAGCUGAUGGCCAUGGAGCUCGGCAGUCAGGCGCCUCCGCCGCUGCAGCUGCCCGCCAGCAGCGCAGCGCCCGCCGCCGGCGCAGCAGCCACCAGCAGCAGCAAGGACAGACAGCAGCCCCAGCGGCCCGCAGGCGCAGCCACCGCCGGCCAGCAGAAGCAGCAGCCGGAGCAGCGGCGGCGGCUUGGCGGCAGGCGGCAGAGACAGAGGCAGCAGAAGCAGCAGCAGCAGCAGCAGCAGCAGCAGCAGCAGCAGCAGCAGAAGCAGCAGAAGCAGCAGCCCGCGCGCAAGCCGACGAGGCGAGGCGGCGGGGCGCUGCAGGCCGCGGGUUCGGCAGAGGCCAUCGAGAAGUGCAAGUACUGCGGCAGGCAGGGGCACCGACUGAGGGAGUGCAGGAAGGCCGGCGCGGACAUGAAGGCGGGCAGGCUCACGAGGGAGAAGUUGCGAGAGAUCAGCGCACAAGCGAGGGCACAAGCGGGGGCACACGUGGCAGAUGCAAGCAAGGGCGUUGCGGCGAUGGCACCAGCGAGUUCUGUCCAGAAGCCGACUGCUGCGAGUCAGCCCCGGGCUGCCGCUCCGGCGGGUGCGGACGGUGGCGCGCCCAGCGUGGCCGACCUGGAGCUCCGCCUGCACAACACCUUCGGUCUGCGAGGAUCGGAGGUCCGGAAGGCUCUGGUCGAAGUCUUCGUGGCCAUGGACUCCUACAGGAAGGCCUACGGGGCCAACGCCCCAGACCCCAUCACCAGCCUGCGCCCCACGGAGAACCCCUCGGUCGUCCGCCUGCGCGACCCGAAGCUGGCGAGCACCCUGGUGACCCUGCAGAGCGUGCGCGUCUGCGGCCAGAGGGUGUUCUUCGGCCGGCACCCGGACCACCAGCCGAGCGCCAAGCUCCUGACCGUCUGCGACAGCCGGCUGCAGGCCUUCGUCGCGAAGAACGGCCUGGACUCUGGCGCGGCAGCCAAGCUGCAGGCGUUGUGCCCGGCCGGGCAGAAGAUUGUGAUGGACCGGGGGGACGUGGAGGACGCGCGGAAUCCGAAUGCGGUGCUCAUGGGGCGCAUCAGGGAGGCCCGGCGCUCGCUGCCCGCGGACGCGUCCGCCUCGCUGCCCGCGCCGGCCGCGGAAGGGUAUGCGCCGCUAGACUUCACCUACAACAGGGCAGCGGGAGGCAGCCCCUCGGACUUCCGCGACGUGCCCGACCGCGAAGUCCAGCUCGGCGGCGUGAAGGGGCUGCACCCGGGCGCGCUGUGCGACGCACUGUGCGACCUGCUCGCGGCGCUGCCGGCGCGCUGCGGGGGCCCGGCCGGCGGCCGCAGCCCAGUGGUCAGCGUCGAUUGCAGCGGCGCGGUCGGGCUGGCGCGCCUGCGGAGCGCCGCGCUGGCCACCGCAGCGGUGGAGCGCCGGCAGAUGCCGGUCGGCCGCUGCCACGUGCGCCUCGGGCGACCGCCGGGCUACCUUGAGAAGAUGGACUCGCCCAAGAAGCAGGCGUCGCCGCGAGCGCCGGCGACGGUCGCGGCGGCGCGCGUGGCGUCGCCGUGCCGUGCGCGAGACGCUGCGCCGAGGGGCGCCGACGCCGCGGCGCACGGGUCUGGGGCCGCCGCCGCCGCCGCGGUGGGCGGGGCGCACGCGGUAUCGGGAAGCCCCCGCGGACCUCCAGACGCCACGGAGCACGGGGCCGCGGCGGCCGCUGCCGCCGCCGCCGCCCUUGGGGGCGGGCAGCCCGCUGCACCCAGGGGCGGAGCGGCGCCGCCGCUGGUCGAGGAGGCGGAGCAGCUCUUUCGAAAGAUGCUGAGGGACGACGAGCGCAGCGCCCAGGAGGACGCUCGCGGCACGGAGGGCGCCGGCGCCUGACGCAGGUGGACGAUCGCCCCGAGUGACGUGGUCGUGAGAGCUUCCGCGGCGGCGAUGUGCGGCCGCGGGCGCCGUCAGAAUUGAAGGACGCCGUCGUCGCCUGGCGGCGGCCUUCCCGACUCGGCGUGAGCUUGGCUGCGGGCCGCUCCUCCGCUCGCGUGCGGCAGCGGCAAGCGCACCCGUGUCCAUGGGCGGGCGGGCCGGGCCACUGGCGGAGGGAGGGAGGGCGGCGCAGACUUCGGCGGGGCGCCGCCCUGCUUUUCCCUGGCUCCGCCCGCUGUGCGAGGGGGCGCGCAGCGGGACAGCCGCGAGUGUACCAGUUUUCCUUUCCAUCGCCGCCCUUUUUGUCAACUAGCGGAGGGCGUAGCUGCGGGCGCGUGCUGGGGGCUCACGAACAGGAG